CAAAUAUGCAGAUUCAAAUCUUGAAAUUAAUCUAUUUAUAGGGAGUUUAUAAGCGGGGUUGUAAAGCGAACUCGUGUUUUUAAGAAAUAAUUCAUAGGGUUCAAACAUAAAACUAUCGAUUAAAAGUACCUAAUAGAGGCGAUUCUUGUUCCUAGAAAUAUUUGAAAAAUUUGAAAUAUUUUAGACUUUAUUCAGGAUCUGUUGUUAAAGGGCGUUCCUUGCGAUUAAUGUUUGGUGAACAGUUCUAAGUGAACGAUCGCAAACAUGGGUCUAAUGGCCAUAUUAUAUGCUUGUAUGAAUUUUAUUAGGGAAGUUCUGCAAAUAGUUCUUUACUUUCUUAUUCCAAGGCCUGCAGUUGGUGACGGUCAAAAUCGUCAAAGAAAUUCACAAUUAGCUACACAGUUCAUCCAAAAAUUUGUGGAAAAAUAUGGCAAUGUACAUCCAGAAUUUUUUCGCGGAACUCUUUCAGAGGCAAUGGAAAGAGCAAAAAAUGAGCUCAGAUUUGUUAUGGUAAUACUUCAAUCAGACGAGCACGACGAUACAGAUAAAUUCAACCGGGAUACGUUAACAUCUGAAUUAUUAAUAACGUUUCUCCGCGAGAACAAUAUAAUAACAUGGGCAGGAGACGUAAAGGACCCAGAAUCGUUUCAAGCAAGUAUUACAUUACAGGCAACUACAUAUCCGUUUAUUGCUAUAAUUGUUGCCCAAAUACCUCAUGGAAGUACCGGAUCUAGUCCGAGAAUGAUUGCUGUGGACCGGUUUGAAGGAUUUUCAACUCCAGAGAAUAUGAUUGCCAGACUUACUAUAUCAAUUAAUCGUUAUGGAUCGGAACUUCAGAGGAUUAGAAGUGAGCGUGCAGGACAUGAAGCUGCAAGACAAAUUCGUGCACAACAAGAUGAUGCAUAUUUAGCUUCAUUAAAAGCGGACCAGGAAAAAGAAAGAAAAGCACAUGAAUUAGCCGAAGCAAAAAGGCUGGCAGAGGAACGUGCAAGAAAAGAGGAAGAAGCCCGUCAAUUACUUGCAUUAAACAGAGAGAAUUGGAGGCGAUGGGCUAUAACACAAUUACCCGAUGAGCCACAUCCAAACGAAACUGAAGUGGCUAAAUUGAGCUUUAAAUUAGCUAACGGAGAAAGAGUAGUGAGAAAAUUUAGGGCAACUGAUACUGUUGAGACGGCUUACAUUUUUGUUGAUACGUAUCACUUAAAAAACGAGGCUUCAUCUUCGACAGUUUCUGAACCACCGUCAAAUUAUAAGCACACAUUUGACUUUUUAUUAGUAUCACCGUAUCCACGCAUUGUUCAUCAUGUGGAUAAAUUUAAAGAAAUAAAAAGUGAGCGAGGGCUUUGGCCAAGUGCAAAUCUUAUUGUAGAAGGAUUAACUUCAGAUGAUGAUGAUGAAGAAUAAGAUAAUUUAAAAUCACUUAAUACAGGAACCAGAUAUUUUUUUUUUUUUUU